CAAAAUUUCCCCAUUUCCUUUGCAUCUCCCGCGACCGCGACAGAGGCGGCGCCGGUCGCCAACUAACCACGGCGGCGCGGCCGGCCCCUUCGCCGGCGCACUUGCCUUGCACUUGCGCGCGGAUCCGUCGAUCUCGCAAGCCUGCGUCACGCGCGUGGCCGAGGGCGGCUGCCGCUGCACGCCGGCGACGACGCAGGCCAUGGAGGGCUUUGGCUGCCGUUGUCCUCCACGCGCAGCUCGCGCCACGGGGAUCCCUCCUUCCCGGCGUCCUCCACUAGGCUGUUACGCCGCGGCAGUACUCCGAUGUGCUGCGUCCAGGCGGUCUCCGAUGUGUGGCCGACCUGAGCCCACAAGAAUCGACACUGCUAUGUGGCUUGGUGGAUGUACGGCGGCUCCCAACCUUUGUGCUGGAGGAUGGGAAGACGAGGCACACGUUCUACAUAUUGGCCAAGUAGGCCCUCAAGUUUGAGUGCUCGAGUGGCUGUGAGAUACAGGGAAACUUGAAGAAGAUGUUGGCCAAGGCUGAAUCUGAACUCAGCAACCGUGUAUUCUUCUGGUCUUAUGGGUGCUGUAUACAGUGGUAUCCUCCUCAAGUGGUCACUGUUGUGGUGACGACAGUAGUCUUCUUCGGCUACAACCAUACUGUCUUCAUCAAACACACCAUGCAGAUCAUUUGUCGAGCACCGGGAUGACGACUUGGAGGAUUCCAGAACAUGUGCAGUAGUAUUGGCCGCAGAAAACACUAAAGUUUCAGAUGUUCUUAAGCAGAAGGCUACAAAACCCGUGGAAUGGCUAAUGCUUUGCUCUGCGUGUGGGAGGAAGCUGCUCGUGAUCUGCAUGCCACGUCAAGCAUUGAGUGUGAUGGUGGAGCCUCAUGCACACAAGAUGGUGGAGCACCGCUGGAGGUAUGGCAACAGUGGAUACUGAGUGAAGAAAGAAAGCUGAGCAUCAUCGGCUUCAUCGUCGUGCCGACGCACACUGGUGGUGGACAGAGGACGUGCUUGCGGCUGAGCCUUGUGCAUUGUCUGGUGGUGGCAGGUAGCUUCUGGGACGCUGAGCCAGGGUGGAUUGUUGGGGAUGGUGAGUCGCCGGCUAGGACGACAUGGCCUGGCUAUGUGCUGUAGGCGUGGCUCAUCUUUUGCUGAUUGAGUCGGCCGUCCUUUUCGGGUUGUGCUGCUGGUUCUUAGUCUAUGUUUCGAAUCGUUGUAGUAAUAUACUACCCCCUCUGUGUAUAAAAGGAUGUCUUAACUUUGCCAAACUUUGGAUGCAUCUACUAAACCCAUUGAGGACAACGAGGCCAGGCCAUGUCGUUUGGUCUGGCUGUCUGGACAGCCCUAGCAGCUUCUCUAUGUGAAAAAAAUGCUUCAUUGGUUGUAA